GUGCGCAGGAGGGGGUGUUGGUGGUGGCGGUGGUGGAGAGAGAGACGGGAUAUAGGACGGGCAUCACACGGAGGUUUGGCUGCAGACUCGCCGGGAUCCCUUUCGCCUCGCCCUCUCCAGACGCAUCAGAAAGUUGUUUGACAUUACAACAGAAGAAGAGAAAAGUAAAGGCGACUGGACCAACGAGAUAGCUUCAGGCUUGGUGGUUACAUGCUUGGUGUUCUUUGACUUUGAGGAAAAACUAUUCUACCAAGCAGAAGGAACCAUGGAUUUUGUAAUGAAGCAAGCAUUGGGUGGGGCCACCAAGGACAUGGGUAAGAUGCUCGGUGGGGAGGAAGAGAAGGAUCCGGAUGCAGCGAAGAAAGAAGAGGAGCGACAGGAGGCGCUGAGGCAACAGGAGGAGGAGAGAAAGGCCAAACAUGCCCGAAUGGAGGCAGAGAGGGAAAAAGUACGACAGACCAUCAGGGACAAGUACGGCUUGAAAAAGAAGGAGGAAAAGGAGGCGGAGGAGAAAGCAGCCAUGGAGCAGGCAUGUGAGGGAUCACUGACACGCCCGAAGAAGGCGAUCCCGAGAGGCUGCGGAGACGACGAAGAGGAUGAGGAGAGCAUCCUCGACACUGUCCUUAAGUACCUUCCCGGACCUCUGCAGGACAUGUUCAAGAAGUAAAACAGAAACACAAAGCGAAUCAAACGAACCCUAAAUUUAGGGUCCGUUCAGGCCUGAGGCCAGGCUGCAGGGCAACGGGGAAGCAGGGAUCUUUGUGUCGGGGACUUUGGGUCAAGAUUAUAUGUCAAAUGGCUUUGAUUGUAGAUGUUUGAGUUUCAAAAUUCGUCAGGAGCAAAAAGGAUCUGGGAGGGGGCAGAGGUUUCUCAAACUUUUAGAGGCUGCACACUGCCUUUGUAGAGACCUUUUACUUCUUUCUUUUCUACUCUUCAAAGAUUUCAUUAUUUGAAUUUCUUUUUCCUGCAUUAUCCUUUCAUCUGCCAGGUAGUGCAUGUUCUAUCCUUUUCUUACUUUUAUUGUGUGUUAAUUUAGAUUGAAGCGUUUGUCACAUUCCUUUAAUGAAGAACAACAUUCCACAGUGCACGCGUUUUCAAAGAGCACUGCCACCACGUUUUCCAGCAAGCUUGAGUCACCAUAGUGGGCGUUUUCUACUUUUACAAGCCUAAAGAAGGUCUUUCAAUGACAUUUGCUACAUUAGAAACGUUUUUAGGACAUGUGCCUUCAUAUCAUCUCCUCUUACAGAGGAAGUCGUAAGUGAGGGAUUAAUUUGUGAGUCAAUGUAGUUGUUAAAAAAAAACAGUUUUUGGAAUGAUCUAUUUUGUGUUAAAAUAGCACUAUUUUUCACACAGAGGUGUUCAGAAAAUCCUUUAAGAGACCGUUUUGUUUUACAAAUAAAUUGCCAACAGCUUAUUAGACUGCCAUCAAGUAAAAAAAAAAAUUUUAAGCAGGCUGAAAACUAGAAAAUUUUAUAUUCAAGCAGAUCUUCCAUAAACCUUUGAAUAAUUUUAUUUUUGUUUGUGUAAACAAAUGGGAAAAAAAACAUAUAAACAAAGUUAGCAGUCUCAUUCACUUAGACAAUCAAACAACUCAACCCUGAAACGCUUGGAGUAUCUCCUUACUCCUAUCAUCGAUGGUUGAUAAGUAUUUGCUCAUUUAGAUCACAAACUCAUAUUUAAUUUUGUCUUGUCAUUAUUAUAAUUUAAUGGAUAUUACUUAUCAGGCAAUGAUUGAGAGUACUGUUUCUUUUAUUUUGUUAACGUGCUGCAAAAAUUUAUUUCAGUGCAACCAAGAUUGUUAUUUUUCGAUGUUCACCUCAAGUGAAGCUCAUCGACAUCAAGACCAAAGAAAUCCUGGUGAGAUCUCUCUGUUUCUUUCGUCGCCACCAGUUUGCUUGCUGGUGGAAAACUCUGCCGUACUGCGUAGAAAACAAAAGUUUAGGCCAAACCGGAGAGGAAACGGGUGUGUGACCUGUUGCAUCUCACUGCCUGAAGAGCUGAUAGUACUUCACUUUCCUGCAUCUUUUAGUUCAACUAAAGAAAAACAAAUAAAAAACUAUAGUGAUUCGUCACGUCGUAUUUGAGUAGAUGUACUGUGAUUCAGCAACAAUCGCUAGUGAAAGUACUUGAAUAUAUGGACGUUCUUGGGUAAAAACAAAGCAUGUCGGUCAUUCCUAAACAACCUGAUGGCGAGUCAGUGGUUAGUUAUGCAGCGUGUGUGAUUAAUACAUUGUUCCAAUGUAAAUAAAUUUAGAGAUUAAUAGGACUGAUGAUGACGCUGCACACUGUAAAACCUGUUCCUUUAUUUUAAUCAUUUUCUAGCUCAGAUAGGACUUUUCACUAGACAAAGCCAUAUUGUUUAGACUGCAAUAAUUACUUAAAAUGAUUUAAAAAAAAAACAGUAUAUUUCAACAUUGAAGCUGUCUGAUGUUUGUUUUCUGUUAUAAAAUUAGACAGAAUGUUUCUGUUUGUAAAUCUUCAUCACUAUCUUGUAUACUUUAUGUAUACGCAAGAAAAAUAUAUAGAAAGAAGAACCCAUUGUUAGAAGUGUCUCUGUGUAUUAUAUGUGAACUGUAAGUGUGUGCGUGUUUCUAUGUGUGUCUUUCUACAUGUCUGUGAUGUGAGACCACGUUGUUGAUUCGCAAACUGUAAAUGUGUCUUUGAGCUAUAAUGUGCAGAGGAAGAAGCUGAUUUUGUCUCCUAGUUGUGCCAUGCCAGAAGAAGAAAACAAAAAAAAAAAGAUACUCAACACAUUCCUUUUAUAUAUUGAGCAUGCAAGUGUUUGGUAGAGACAAGAAUAAACCGAAUGUCACACACCAAGAAAUAUAUGUGUUUAAUCGUGAGCUGCUGUUUCUGUAGGAGUCUCCAGGCAACAGAAUCUGUGCAUUGGAUCCAGAAAAUCAGCUCUAUCUGGGGCUUGAGGAGUCUUUCAUGUUUUUUUUUUGUUUUGUUUUUUUGCUUUCCGAGUUAAAUAAGUGGAGGCUUCAUAGUUUGUAUUUUUUGGAUGUUAAGCAAAUAUAAAUGCAUUGAGAGCAGGAAAUACUUCAUGUGAUUUCCAAAAACACUGCCCCUUUUUGCUCCCUAAUUUGAAAAAAA